GGGUCUGUCUUUCACUCCCGUGCUUCAAGAAAAAAGGAAGUUAAAAAAGGGGGAAAAAGAAAAAAAACGAACUGGACAAGCUAAUUCGAGUCACCCUCUUCGCAAAUUCGUUGCCGGAAGUGUAAUUGGAAGCGGAAGUUGCGAUGGCAAUUGACCAGGCUGAGCUUAGCACUGAGCAGGUUCUCACAAGGGACAUUCCAUGGGAGACAUACAUGACUACUAAACUUAUCAAUGGAACAAGCCUUCAGCUGUUAAGGCGUUACGAUAACAGACCAGAGAGUUACAGGGCACAGUUGUUGGAUGAUGAUGGUCCAGCUUAUGUUCGUGUAUUUGUUAGCAUUUUACGAGAUAUAUUUAAGGAAGAAACAGUGGAAUAUGUUUUAGCAUUAAUCGAUGAGAUGCUUACAGCAAACCCAAAAAGAGCAAGAUUGUUCCAUGAUGAUUCUCUUUCUAGUGAAGAUACUUAUGAACCUUUCCUAAGAUUGCUUUGGAAGGGCAAUUGGUUCAUACAGGAGAAGAGCUGUAAUAUACUUGCUCUGAUAGUGAGUGCUAGAAAAAAAACACAUGAUGGCAGUUAUGCAAAUGGUGAUGCCUCGAACUCCAAGAGGAAAAUUACUACCAUUGAUGAUGUUUUGGAUGGACUGGUGAAAUGGCUUUGUGCACAGCUGAAGAAUCCUUCACAUCCCAGUCGUGCUGUACAGACUUCUAUCAAUUGCCUUGCAACUCUGCUGAAGGAACCAAAAGUCAAAUCCUCCUUUGUCCAAGCAGAUGGAGUGAAGCUGCUCAUCCCUUUGAUUUCUCCUGCGUCGACUCAACAAUCUAUUCAGAUUCUAUAUAAAACAUGUUUUUGUGUUUGGCUUUUAUCAUAUUAUGAGCCGGCUAUUGAAUUCUUGGCCACUUCCAGAACCCUUCCAAGACUUAUCGAUGUCGUCAAGAGUUCCACAAAAGAGAAGGUUGUCCGAGUCGUUAUUUUGACCUUAAAGAACUUACUUCACAAGGGGACAUUUGGAGCUCAAAUGGUGGGUCUCGGACUACCACAAGUUGUUCAAAGUUUGAAAUCCCAAGCAUGGAGUGAUGAGGACCUUUUGGAUGCUUUGAAUCAACUAGAAGAAGGGCUGAAAGAUAACAUCAAGAAACUAAGUUCUUUUGACAAGUAUAAGCAAGAAGUCCUUCUAGGCCAUCUUGACUGGUCUCCUAUGCACAAAGAUGUAAAUUUCUGGCGCGAAAAUAUCACAAGCUUCGAAGAGAACGACUUCAAGCUAUUGAGGGUCCUUAUCACCAUUCUGGAUUCGUCGAGUGAUCCAAGGGCUCUAGCAGUCGCUUGUUUUGAUCUUUCCCAGUUCAUUCAGCACCAUCCUGCUGGGAGAGUUAUAGUGACAGACUUGAAGGCGAAGGAAAGAGUGAUGAAACUGAUGAAUCAUGAGAAUGCUGAAGUUACCAAAUAUUCCCUCCUCUGUAUUCAAAGGCUGUUCCUAGGUGCCAAGUAUGCCAGCUUUCUGCAGGCUUAAGUCGGUUUUCGGGUAAGAGACGCCUAUGUAAGUUGUAAUAAACCCGCCCCAUCCCGGGCGCUGGAGCUUUUUCUAGAGGGGUUAUUAUGUUUAUUAAGUGAUUAUGUUCUUAAUUUUUUGGUGUGAUUAUUCAAUGAGAGAUUUUGUUCAGUUCUUGCAUUCCCAGAUUGUUCAUGAUCAUAAUGAAUAAAGACGCCACAUUUUCAUUCA